AUGAAAUUAAAUUAUUAUUAUUGGGAACAACUGUUUCAAUCGAUAGUUAUAUUAAUAAAUUUUUUGGACACAUUUGUGUAUAGCCGGUCAUACAGUACGGUUGAAUCGCCUGAACUAAUACACGCCAUAACCAACGUAACGGUAGCUACCGGUAGGGAUACUGUACUUGAAUGUACUGUCAAUAAUCUGGGCAACUAUAAGGUUGCUUGGCUUAAGUUAGAAACUAUUGAUGGCGGGGGUAGUGGUGUUGGUGGUGGGGGUGGGAGUGGUAUGGGUCGUAGCAAUAGUGUCGGUAACCUGUCGUCGUCAUCGCCGUCACCAUUAUGGACAUCAUCGUCAUCAUCGACAUCAUCGUCAUCUGAGUACACAUUAUUGACAAUACAAACGCAAACAGUGGUCAAAGAUCACCGAUUUCGGGUAACACAUACUAACUAUAGACAAUGGUAUCUACACAUCAAAAGUGUUAGGGCUCAAGAUAAAGGCUGGUAUAUGUGCCAAAUAAAUACCGACCCAAUGCUAACAUUAGGCGGUUAUGUGGAUGUGCUAAUUCCGCCAUCGAUAGUCGAUUCGGACACGAGUUCGGAUACAGCAGUCGAUGAAAGACAGCGACUGUCGUUGCGCUGUCGGGCCAAUGGUUACCCCCAGCCGACUAUUACGUGGCGCCGGGAGGACAACAAAGAUAUUAAUUUGGGUCUCUAUGGCGGCAAAAAAUACUCGGCCGCUAAAGUGGAGGGCGAGUAUCUAAACAUCAGUCAACUAACCAGAGAUGAUAUGGGAGCCUAUCUGUGUAUAGCAUCCAAUUCAGUGCCGCCCAGUGUUAGCCAAAGGAUUAUCGUUAGAGUUAAUUUUCGUCCGAAAAUAAAAGUCUUAAAACAAUUAAUCGGGUCAUCAGUUGGUAGUGAUGUCAACCUGGAGUGCUAUUUGGAGGCAUCGCCACAACCGAUAACAUUGUGGAUGCGAUCAACGGAUGGACAGGUAUUGAUGCCGUCACCGAAAUAUCAGACACGUGAGGAACAUGACUCGUAUAGGACACGGAUGUUGUUGAAGAUAACCGGUUUGGAUGAUAAAGAUUUCGGUAGUUAUAAAUGUGUGGCCAAAAAUAGUUUGGGAGAAAAGGAAGGACUGGUCAGACUGUACGAGGUUCAGAUGCCUACUAACUCGGAGUUGGCUUCAAGUGUAUGGCCGCCCAGUUUGCUAUCACCGGCAGCGGCCGCGGCCGCCAAUAAUAAUAAUAAUAACCACCAAAACGGCUCAUCAUCCAUGAGCUCAUCAUCAAUGAUGGGCGACAAUACCAACAAACCAUAUGACAAUACCGUCGGUCAAGUUUCGUCAAGUGCUACACAA